AUGCCCGUUUCCUGGGAGCGAGACUUGGGCGAGGCGUGUGUGGUCGACAGGGGCAGCCCCAACGUGGAGCGCAGCGACCUCAGCCUGGAAAAUGCCCAAGAGGUUAUCUCUUCGUUCCCCGUGGGGGAGGUCCACAGCCCCCCCCCCAAGAACACGAGUAGAUGCAACGUGCCUUCUGAGAGCAUGUACAAGCACCUCUACUGGCGCAGCAUGUCUGACGCAGACAACUUCUGGAAGGAGCGCGCUCUUGAGAAGCUCCGGUGGUUUCAGCCAUUCACAAAAACGCAGCAUGGCUCUUUGCAGGACGGCGACGUCUCGUGGUUCCUUAACGGCAAACUAAAUGUGUGCGACAACUGCGUAGACAGAUGGGCAGAGCAGUACCCCCAGAGGGUGGCGCUCAUUUAUGAGGGGGACACUUCGGAAGACAGCCAAGUUGUGACUUACAAGGAACUGCAAGGCCAGUCACCGCGCUGUGCUUCGCUGUGGGGCCUGCCGGCUUCAGACCAAGUUUGCCGCUUUGCAAACUUGCUGAAAAGCCUCGAUGUGCGCAAAGGCGACAUCGUCACCAUCUACCUCCCAAUGAUGCCUGAGAUUGUCUACGCUAUGUUGGCCUGUGCAAGAAUUGGCGCUGUGCACAGUGUCGUCUUCGCUGGCUUUUCAGCCAAUAGUCUGGCAGAGCGACUGGAAGAUGCCCAUAGCAGAGUGUUGAUCACAGCUACUAAGGGCAUGCGUGGCGGCCGCGUUGUCCGCCUGAAGCAAGUUGUUGACGAGGCGUUGAAGCUGUGCUCUUGCGUGCAGCACGUGGUGCUGUUUAGGAAAUCCGCGGAACCGUCGUGCUUCGUAGAGGGACGCGAUCUGUCUGGCGACGACCUGCUGCCUCAGAUGCGGCCCUAUUGCCCGUUAGAGACGAUGGACAGCGAGGACAUGCUCUUCAUCCUUUACACUUCAGGCUCUACUGGAAAGCCAAAGGGGGUGUGCCACACAACAGCGGGGUACCUGCUGUACUCUGCGCUUACCCACGAGUACAUUUUUGACUACCACCCUGGAGACACUUUUGGCUGUCUUGCGGACUGCGGGUGGAUUACUGGCCAUUCCUACACGGUCUACGGGCCUCUCUGUAACGGGGCCACCACAAUUUUGUUUCAAGGCAUUCCCACUUACCCACAUCCUGGCCGCUAUUGGGAAAUUGUCGAGAAAUGGAAGGUGACGCAACUGUACACAUCGCCGACGGCCAUCAGGGCUCUGAUGCAGCACGGAGAGGAAUGGCCAAAGAAGUAUGACCUCAGUACCCUCCGGGUGAUCGGAUCUGUGGGGGAGCCCAUAAACCCAGAGGCGUGGCGCUGGUACUUCACCAACGUGGGCAGGGGGCAGUGCUCAGUAGUCGAUACGUACUGGCAAACUGAGACGGGGGGCCACGUCCUGGCCCCCUUCCCAGGGGCGACAGUCACGAAGCCGGGCUGCGCCAUGGUGCCCUUCUUCGGCAUUGAACCGGCAAUUGUGCAUCCUCAGUCGGGAGCUGAGAAAAAGGGAAAUGACGUCUGCGGCGUGCUAUGCUUGAAGCGCGCCUGGCCGGGCAUGUGCCGCACUGUGCAUCGCGCCCACAAACGGCUGUUGAACACGUACUUACAACCCUACCCUGGCUACUACUUCACGGGAGAUGGUGCCUACAGAGAUGCGGACGGCCACUAUUGGAUAACAGGAAGAGUGGAUGACACUUUGAACGUCUCAGGGCAUAGGCUAAGCACAGCUGAAAUCGAACAUGCAUUAGUUCAGCACCCGGAUAUCGUGGAGGCGGCGGUCGUUGGAACUCCCCACGACGUGAAGGGCACUGCAAUUUUCUGCUUCGUCAUUUUGAAGGCUGGCGCUUCGCGUGCUGGAAUCAUUGAAGAGGCGAAGCUGCAAGUGAGGAAAGAGAUCGGCCCUAUCGCGACCCCGGACUUCAUAGUGGUGGCCCCAGGUCUUCCCAAAACUCAAAGCGGCAAAAUAAUGCGGCGGCUGCUGCGGAAGCUCUGCUGUCUGGACACCAACUUGGGGGACACAACGUCUUUAUCGAAUGCAGACAUCGUUCAGACCCUUCGCGGGAUUGUGAUGGAGACUGUGAUUAGUGAAAGAAAGCAGCAGCAUGCAGUGGCCCAUGGGACUCCUGGGGCUGGAAACAACGCAGCAGCAGCAGAAGGCAAGGCCCAUUGA